UAUGUACAAAUUUUAUUAUCUCUUUGGAGUUUAUAUACUUUAUGCAAGACUUGUUGUUAUUUCACUUCUGGUCUUGUAUGGAAAUUUGAGAUUAGCGUUGUCGAGAAGAGAGCAAAGACAAAGGAAUUCAAGCUGUGGUUGAGUGUUGGUACUUUAGUCAACUAGUUGUUUCACAAGUUUGUUUAUUUCUAUCGAUAAUUGUUUCAGAGCAGUUUUGCGUAUUUAUUAGCAGUUGAUAGUCUAGUCUUGUAGUCUGUCGUUGAGAUUCAGUCUUUGGGUUGAUAUUUCAAAGAUAUUCUGCAAGAAAGCAGUUAGACACUCCGUUGAGUGUUUUGUUCAGUACACAGAAUUAUAUUCCGUAUACUAGUUUUCCUUGUCUUCUAUAUGACUCUUUUCAAGAUGGAGAAAUCGGUCUGUAACUCUGCAACAGGCAUUUCUCAGGAUAGCAUAGGAAAGUCUUGAGUCCAUCAUCGCUUAUUUUCAAUGAUUGUUUGUAUUGUUGUGCUUUUAUAUCAAUUCUCUAUUGAUUCGAAUAUGUCUUUUGAAAUAUUAUGGAUGUGGGGCUUUAGAUAACGAAAGCUGAAUAAACUUGUAUUUUGAAAGCAAGGGAACAGUUUUUAGUUCAAAAUAUACUCAACUUGUUGGGAACCAUGAAAUAAAGCAAGCAAAAGAGCACUGCUGAAAGUCAUGGUUGUGUUCACCUGGGUAAAGAGUUGUGACGAUGGCGACUGUAGCUACUAGUCCGUUUUCGAAAAACGCUUUGUUUUUAUGAAUUAAUGGUUCUACCGAGGGUGAAAUAUGUCUAAAACGAUAUGUGAGUAGUAAGAGUGAUAAAGUUGGAACUAGUAUU